GGCGCGGGCCCGUGGGUGGAAGGGACUCCCCGACCCUGCGGCUCCUGGCGUCUCCCUUACCUUCCGGGCCUCUCUCCCUCCUGCAUAGUGACCAGAUGAGGAACCUGAAGCCUCAGUACCUUUGCCUAAGUUAAUCACACAAUGAAUGAUAAGAGAAGUUGAAUUCCCAAGCUAGAUUCUUAACCGCACUGCCUUGCUACUAUACCUGAUUCUGUUCUGCACAUAUGCCUGGGAUCCUGAGGAUCUUAUUUUCCUAAGAUUGUUGGAAUUCUGCUGUCAUCCUAUGAGCUCUUCCCUUGGCCUCAUCACCAUCCUAUAUCCUGGAAUUCUAAUAAGGAAUGUCAGUUUAGACACCUGAGUAUCAAGUUUUCUUCUGAGGAGUUCUCUGAUCUUGGUGGAAAGUGGACUCGAUUUGGGGUAUCUCUUUUUGGCAUGAUACUCUUCUGACAUAUCUCUGUGUACAUAAGUGUAAUUUGUCCAUUUCUGGAAACAGACCCUGCUACCACUAUUCAGAGCCAUCAAGCCUGUACCUCAAAGUGUCUCUCAGUCUUGGAGUGCCUAAGUUCAUCUGGACUCUGCUUUGUUCUGGAAGUAUCUGACAUAGCUCGGACACUGUCAAAACAGGCCAGGCCUAUAGACCUCCUAGGAGGGCAAAACCCCUUUUCCUUGCCCACAAAGCUGUCCUCAUCUUGUUGGAUAUGAGACCUUUUCUUUACUUCUGUUACCUUCUGUGUUAAUAUUCACAUGACUCACAUUCUGAGUCAUUUAUGCUAGCACACCUGUGUUCCUGGUGUCCUCCACUAUCUCUUUCCCAGCCCUGCUGAAGUUGCCCCUUAGCCCAGUCCCCAAGGUGGAAUGGUCCCUGUGGCAGCAGCCAUUGUCAUUUCAGUAGGUAGCAACAUACAAGGACAUGACCAAAGAUUAGAAGUGUUUGGAAGCCUCUUAGAAGGAGUGCUACAGAGACACAAUGUUGGACAGUUAUGAGAAUAUAGUCCCUCAAGGCUCCUCCUUGCAGUUGUCCAUGAUGCCACAGAGAGCUGGAAAUUAUCUCCCUGGUAUUUCAAAUACAUGUGAAACAGAAAUGGAGAUAAGUAAAAUGAGAGAAAAGUUUCUUUUAAGUGUGACAAAGUUAGUAGAAAGCAAAAGUUAUAAUAGCAAAGUCUUUUCCAAAGAAAAGUACUUUCAAACAAUAAAGGAAGUCAAAGAAGCCAAGGAGAAGGGGAAGAAGUCAUCACGUGAUUAUCGCCGAGCAGCAAAAUAUGAUGUGAUCUCUGUACAAGGCACAGAGAAACUAAUAGAGGCUACUCAUGGAGAACGGGAUCGAAUUCGGUACUAUGUACAUAAAGAAGAGUUGUUUGAUAUUCUUCAUGAUACACAUCUCAGUAUUGGGCAUGGUGGGCGGACACGCAUGCUCAAGGAGCUGCAAGGAAAAUAUGGGAAUGUCACCAAGGAAGUCAUCGUCUUAUAUCUGACUCUGUGUAAACAAUGCCACCAGAAGAACCCAGUACCCAAGAGAGGCCUUGCACCCAAGCCCCUGCCUUUUAAGGACAGUGACUCCAGAUGCCAAGUUGAAAUACUUGACAUGCAGUCAAAUGUUGAUGGCGAGUUCAAGUUUAUUUUAUAUUACCAGGACCACCUGACCAAGUUUAUUAUUUUACGGCCAUUAAAAGCUAAACAGACCCACGAGGUGGUCAGGGUCCUGUUGGAUAUUUUCACAAUUCUUGGUACACCGAGCGUGUUAGAAUCUGACAGUGGCAUAGAGUUCACAGCCCAGGUUGUUAAUGAGCUCAAUGUGGUAUGGCCAGACCUAAAGAUUGUCUCUGGUAAGUAUCACCCUGGCCAAGGCCAGGGCUGCCUGGAGCAAGCAAGCCAUGAUGUCAAGAACAUGUUAAAUGCCUGGAUGCAGAGUAACCACUCAUGUCACUGGGCCGAAGGCCUGCGAUUCAUGCAGCUGGUAAGAAAUCAGGCCUUUGAUGUUUCCAUGCAGCAAAGUCCAUUUGAGGCAAUGUUUGGUUGUAAAGCCAAACUUGGACUGUAUUCCUCAUAUUUACCCCGGAAAACUGUCGCCAUUUUACAAACAGAGGAAGAACUAGAAGCUGCUGAAGAACAGUUAGAGAACAGCCUCUGGAUCAGGCAGGAAGAAAGGGCUGAGAUAGGAGCAGAUAGAUCUGAUGUGGAUGAGGACAUUGAUCCCACUCCUCCCGAAGCUACAGAGCCCCACACCUCACAAGGGGCCCCAAGUCUCUUCUGCUGGUGAAUAGGCACCUGCUGGGUAGGCACUCAUGGUGUCUCUGGACAUUGUGUGACCAUCUGAGAGCUUGCCAAAGGCCCCAGAGGUAAGGAAUAGGAAGGCUCUCAGGUCAAGUUGUCCAUGGUAAUCCUUGCUCAAACGGGGAAAGCAGAUCAGGCCUGUGGUAUAGGGCUGCCAUAACAAAGUCUCACAGACUCAGUGGCUUAAAACAACAGAAAUUGAUUCUCAUAGUUCUGGAGACUGGAAGUUUGAAACAAGGUGUCAGCAAGGUUUGUUCCUUUUGGAGGCUCUGAGGGAGAAUCCAUCCCAUGCCUUCCGCCUUUCUCUGGUGGCUGCUGGCAAUCCUUGGCAUUCCUUGGCUUGUGGUAGAGUAAGUCUGCUCCCUGCCUCGUCUUCACAUGGGCCUUCUCUCCUGUGUGUCUCUGUGUGUUCUCCUUUUCUGUCUCUUAUAAAGACACCAUUGGACACCAAAUCCAUGUCAACUGAUUUAGGGCCCAUCCUUAUCAAGGAUGAUCUCAUGUGGAGACCCUCACCUUAAUUACAUCUACAAAGACCCUUUUCCAGAUAAGGUCAGAUUCACAGGUGUUGGGGUUUGGACUUGGACAUGUCUCUUUGGGGGCCACAGUUCUAUCAACUGCAAAGUAGAAGAAUAUGUUUGCAUACAGAACAUGUGAUGGGGUCUUAAACAAGCAGAGCUAGUGGGACUGCCCUACAUAUAUCUAGCACAUAUUCCUUCCCCUGCCUAUUGCUGCUCCUCAGACAAUACCCUGAAAGAUGGGGGCCUCAGAGGGAAAGAUGUAGAUGUAGGAUAAUGGGAAGAAAUGAUACUGAUCCAAUGUGCCCUAGAGAUUGCUGCCUCACCGGCUGAGCUGUUUCCUGCUUCAAGAAAAAAAACGUAUGUGCCGUCCCUGCUUUCAGAAUGCCAUACCCAGGAACUAUGUGACCUGCCUGAAGUAUAUUUUAAAGUAGGUCAGAAUUAAGAUGUGGCUGGGAUUUGAGUCUGAAUCUGUCAGUUAUCUAUGCCUCAAACAUAGUAAACAUGUAUUUCUGCAACUGGUCAGUGCAUUCCAGGAAGUGACCAAUAGCCAGGAAAACAAGGACCUGGAACAAAAUGCAACUGUUGGCUUGAGGUCACUGCUGCACUGCUGCCACCAGAGAAGAAUAGAGCAAGGGCCAGUCUGGGUCACUGUUCAGAGUAAAGAUUACUGGCCCAACCAAAGGGAAGGAUAAUGCCCUGGAUCUGUGUCCUGCUGUAUUCCCAAGGCCUAGCAGAAUGUCCAUCAGAGGUGUUCAGCGAUUUGUUGAAUGUGUAAAUGAUUCUGCAGAGAUGGACACAGGGAAAGAGAAGGGGCCUGCAGCCCUUUAUUCUCCCAUACAGCCUUCCUGCAUAUCCUGGAGCCAUCUAAAAACCAUCCUGGUUACCCUAGGGCCAGUUCCCUCUUCAGAAAGGGGCAGUAACAGCUCUGAUGCUGCCUACCUCACAGGGUCCUUGUGAGAUACAGUGAGAUAACGUAUGUGAAGGGGCUUUUCCAUAAACACUGAAAUCCUCUGUGCAUUGUCCUUGCUACUAGCAGAUCCUUUCCCCCACGUGAGAAUUGGAGACCUUUGUCAAUUGCCCUUCCUUUGCUGAUUAGACAAAUGUUUGGUUGGGUAUCCAGGGAAGUUGUGCUGUUAUUAGAAAGGAGGUGGUAUCACUUUCCAAUUUGUUUUGGGGGGUCAGGAUCUUGCCCUGUCCUUAGCCAGCACCUUACUGUCCAUUCCUUCUUUGCCACUCGGCCUAACGGGGACUAGGGGGCCCAGCUUGACUAAUGUUACUACCCCUUACCCCAUGCUGACCUGCUACCUCCUAGUUGCUGGGCAGACCAGGAACCACAUCAUCAAGUCCUGUGGGUGAGAGGUGAGAUGAGGCAUGACACUGUCUUUCCGGGGGGGAAGAGAAAGGGGCUACAAAUAACUGAGGUUUCCGGAGCCGCUGCAUCAACUCUUCCUCUUUUGCUUCUUAAUGUCAGUGGCCAUGGGAGAGAGUUGGAGGUGGACAUCUUGACCCAGUCCAGCCUUACUCUGCUUUAUCCUAUGUCAGCAUCUGGUACAGAGGUUACCAACUGGUGCACUGCCAAUUGCUUUCAGCUUGCAAAUAGAUUUUGGUUUUGAAAUUUAAAAGAUUAAUUUCCAUUACUUUAAAAAUUGGAGAUUUCAUACAAAAAUCUGGAUGUCUAGCAACUCUUGAAAACUUGGAAGAUCUGGCCACACGGGGUCCACAUUUUUGCGUGGCAGCAGUUGAUGGGCUAAGUGUAAACCCCCAGGAGGCAGUCUGCGUACACUCCGGUCAGCUACAAUCUGGGCCACUCAACAUACAUGAUUGUGCAUUUCUGUGGCCAGUUGCUAAAGAAAGGCAAGUGCAGUCAGAAUGUGAAUAGUGAAUAAAGGCCAGAAACCGGCCCGUGUACCUUUAACAAUUUAUGAUAAAAGUGGUUAUUUCACAUCAGUUGGAGGGGUGGUACUAUUCAAUUAGUGGUGCUGGAUCAAUUAGCUGUCUAUCCAGAAAAACUUGAAAUCUGAACCUUCACCAUAAAAAAAUUACUAAAAUACUGAGAAAAAAUAGAUUUCUGUGAUCUUGGAAUAGAAAAAGCCUGCCCAAGCAAUAUAUGAAAUUCAAAAGCCAUAAAAGAAAAGGCUAAUAUACUUGCCUACAUGAAAAUUUUAAGUAUCUAUGGAAAAUAAUGCCACUCAAAAAGUGAAAAAAGAUAAAUGAUAGAUUAGGAGAAAUGAUUUGCAACAUCGAAAACAGACAUAAACAGACUGAUUUUAAAAAGAGUGCUUACAAAUUAAUAAUGAAAAGAGCAACCAACCAAAAAUGAGCAAACCACAGAAGGAAACUAAGUGGGUAGUUUUGCCUCAUGUUGUGCCUGUGUGCAGUGGUUGUGUGAUAGAAGAGCUCUGGACUUAAAACCAGAUCAGGGUUGUCACUUUAAGUCAAACAGACUCAAGUUAUUUGAGAGUUUUAAUUUUUUCCAUUGUGUAUGUAGGAAAAGAAAAGAUGCUUGUGAUCCUGUCUUGAUUUAACAAAUCUUACUGAUAAGGAGGUACGAUAACUGCUGCAUUAUUUUCAGAGCAGUUGUAUGAGAUUCCUGGGGCUGCCAUAACAAACUGGGUGGCAUAGUUGUUUAAGCAACAGAAAUUAAGUGUGUCACAGUCCUGGAAGCCAGAAGUCUGAGAUCCAGGUGUCAUCAGGGCUGGUUCCUUCUGAGGGUUGUGGGGGAGAAUGUUCCAGGUCUCUCCUAGCUUCUGGUGGCCUGUGUUGCUUGGCUUGUGAAUGACAUUCUCCCUGUGUCUUCACACCUUUGUGUGUCUCUCUAAAGGGCCCCUUCUUACAUGGACCUGUCAUGUUGGAUUAGGGCCCACCCUAAUAACAGCUUAAUUUGAUCAUCUGCAGAGAUCCUAUUUCUAGAUAAGGUCCCAUUCACAGAUACUGGGGAUUAUGACAUCAACAAUUUGUUUUGGUAACAGGGACACACAGUUCAACCAACAGCAGCAGCCAAUCAGAAUGACAGGUUUUUUUAAGGUAACUUUUAUGAGGUGUAGCAAUAAUUGCUAAAGUCUUAGAAGAUUUAAAAAUCCCUCUGUUUCAAAUAAAUUUGCAGAUUAACAGAAAACAAUUGGUGCCAGUUACAAACGUUCAUACAGAUCUCCAUUUUGCAUAGGAGAAGCAAAUUGAUAUUCUUGAGAAAGAUCUUAAUACCUUAUUUAACUAGAUUAUUUUUAUGAUGAAGAAUGGAGAGAGGUAAUGUUGCCAUAUCUUCCUGAAACUCCCUUUUGUUAAUUGUGAAGACUUGCAUUUCUAAUGCUAAUCUCUGGAAUUCUGUUAGGAGGCUUAUGGAACUCAAUUUCACUUGGGGGGAUGGAGAGUGGGAUAAAGAUUUUACUUAACAGUGAAGUGAGGAUCCUUCUUCCAUAGGGUUCAAGUUCUGCCUCUGCAUAUAAACUAGACCUAUAACCCUAAACAAAUCCCCUAAAUUCAAAUCUCAUCUGUAAAAUGGGGCUGAUAACAAUCCCAACUUCAAAGAGCUGUGAUGAGGAUUAUGAGGGUAUGUCAGGAAGGGGUGCUGUUUGCCCUCCUGUUUAGGGUAUGUUCACAGUUUACUCUCUACCAAGAAUGAAGAGCCAAACUAGGACAAGUCCUUUCCUUCAAAACACAAGAAAGAGCUGGAACAGGAUGGCAGCCACUGAGCAAGUCCUAUCCACAUCCAUCCUGGGCUGGGUCCUCCAUCCUGGCUUCUGCACAGGUUUCAGCACAAUGCCUCAUGCCACAGUCCCCCUGCCUAUUCACAUGCACAACCACAUUCUAAGCCACAGCUGGCCCCGGAGCUCCUGGUCAGGACAUGCUCAGCCUCCCAAGGUUGAGUACACCACCACAGUUCUCCACCUGCCCCCUAGGAUGCAGGAGUGCAGUGCAGUGGGAAGAGCUACUUUGGUCCUCAAACACACUUUCGCUUUGUGUGUAUGUGCAAAUAUUUAAUAUGGGAUCUAUCCUGUUAACAAAUUUGUAAGAGUACAAAGUGUUAGCUAUAGGCAAAUGCACAGCAGAUCUCUAGAAGUUAAUCAUCUUGCAUAACUGAAACUUCACACCUUUUGAAUAACUACUCCCCGUUUCCCCUCCCCCCAGCCCUUGGCAACCACCAUUCUACUCUCUGCUUCUAUGUGUUUGACUGUUUUAGAUACCUCAUAUAAGUAGAAUCAUGCAGUAUUUGUCCUUGUGUGACUGGCUUAUUUCACUUAGCAAAAUAUCCUCCAGGUUCAUCCAUGUUGUCACGUAUGGCAGGAUUUCCCUUUUUAAGGCUAAAUAAUAUUCCAAUGUGUGUAUACUGUAUGUUUUUUCCCACCAAUUUGUCAGUGGACAUUUCCACAUCUCAACUAUUGUGAAUAAUGCUGCAAUGAACAUGGGUGUGCAAAUAGCUUUUCGAGAUCCUGAUUUUAAUUCUUUUGGAUAAAUUUGCAGAAGUGGGAUUACUGGAUUAUAUGGUAUUUCUAUUUCUGAUUUUUUAAGAACCUCCAUACUAUUUUCAGUAGUGUUUGCACCAUUUUUCACUCCCACCAACAGUGUGCCAGAGUUCCAAUUCCUCCACAUCCCCACCAACACUUGCUAUCUUUUGUUUUUCAUUAGCAUUCUCCUGUGAUUUCUGAUUUGCAUUAACGUGAUAACUAGUGAUGUUGAGCAGCUUUUCAUAUACCUGCUGACCGUUUGCAUGUCUUCUUUGGAGAAAUGUCCAUUCAUAUCCUAUGCCUAUCUUUCUAAUUGGGCUAUUUGGAUUUUGUUUUGGUUUGGUUUUUGGUCUUUUGCUAUUGAAUUGAAGGAGUUCCAUAUAUUUUUUUGGAUGUUAACCCCUGCCCAGAUGUAUGGUUUGCAAAUGUUUCCUCCCAUUCCAUAGAUUGCCUUUCACUCUGUUGUUUCCUUUGCUCUGCAGAAAUUUUUUAAUUUGAUGUAGUCCCACUCGUUUGUUUUUGCUUUUGGUGUUAUAUCCAAGAAAUCGUUACCAAGACCAAUGUCAUGAAGCUUUUCUCUGACAUUUUCUUUAAGGAGUUUUACAGUUCCAUGUCUUACAUUUAAGUGUUUAAUCUGUUCACUUUUGCUAUUAACAGAGGGAAGAAAAGUUUAUUUUCCAGCAGGGCAUUCUGCCCCAUGUGUGAAAGUGCUUUAGAAACUACAAAGGGCUACACAAUUGCUAGAUGGUACCUGCUAUGUAUCACUCUCUCAAAGGACCAGUACACCCCCAUUUGCUAACCCUAUGGCUCUUUCUCUGUCCUAUUCCAUCUUGACUUCUUUGUGAUGUUAAAUCCACUUCAACCUCCAUCCCACUUACUUUUUGGUUUCCAUGAAACCAAACUCUAGUGUUUUUCUCCGACUUACGGCCAUUCAUCCAUUCCUCCCUCAUUGCUACUCUCUCCUCCCUCUAUCUACUAAGAUACUUUUUUUUCCAAGAAUCUGGUGGGGGGCGUUUCUUUCUUUCUUUCCCAUCCUUGACCAUUUCUUCUAGUCUGUUGCAAUGAAAGGCUUUGUGGGCAAAACUCCCUUAGCCCUCUCCCAGGCUCCAGCCUUGUAGCUACUUAAGGGCUUCUGAAUGCCAAUAAUCAUCCCAAAUAUGCUGUUGAAAGGUAAAAUGAGACACAUUAAAAUUUUGAAGUUUGAGCAGACUUCUACUGAAUUGGGCAGAGGCAAACUGAGAGUGGUUAGGAGUAUGCCCCUGACAGGAGCCUGGGGCAAGGUUUCUAUAGAGACAGAGGAAAAGCAAAGUGUUUAUUUGAUUGGUUAUAGCUUAAGCGGUUGCCUUACUUGGGAAAACCUAGUAGGCUAUUUGUGAUUAGAUAUUCUUAAAUUUCACUUUCUCAAAUUUGAGGCGUUGGCUCUGGCUUGGGUUUUGGUUUGCUUGUGUCAACUAUCAAGGCAUUGAUAUCAGAGCCACCUCAGUCUAAUGGCCUCCUUGUUUAAAUAUUUUAACAAUACCCUUGCUUCUCUGUUCCCUAAUUCUAUUGAUAGCACCAUGGGGUCACCCAAGCCAGAAACCUCACGCAUCCUCAGCACCUCAUUCUUCCUCGCUGCCCACAGUCAGUCAUUUGCUAAACCAAGUCAUCCCUACCAGUGGCAGAUUUUAUUUUCCAAACGCAGGUGUAACCUAUAACACAUGUUCUUCUAGACCUCCAUUAAGAGAUGGGGUUUUUGUCACCUUGAACUGAGGUAGACCUUUGUUUCUGACUUGACCAACAGAGUACAGAAGAAGUAAUGAUGAUAUUUGUGUUCUGAGACUAAGUUGCAAAAAUGCCACCUCGCUGUCUUGGAAUGCUCACUCUUGGGUCCAACAACCGUGCUUUGAGGAAGCCCAAGCAGCCUUUGGAGAGGCACACUUGGAAAGGAAACAAAGUCGCCAGCCGUCAGCCCUGGCUAAACUCUUAGCCAACAGUUAGAACCGACUUGGCAACCAUGUGAAAAAGCCACCUUGAAAGGGACACCCUCCAGUCCCCAGCUGAUCUUCCCCAGAUGAUGCUGUAUGGAACGGAGGCAAGCUCUGGCCAAAUUGUAGAUUCAUGUUAAAAAAUAAAUGAUUGUGUUGUUAAGCUAAGUUUGGGUUGGUUUGUUAUGCAGUAAUGGGUAACUGACUAACUGUGAAUCUAUUACCAUAUCUCUAUUUCCCCAGGUCAGGUCCUUGUUACCUUGUUUAAUUGGGGGACAACUUGCCGAAUGAAGCUUCUGGAAGUAAAGCUCUGAUCACAAUAAUAGUAAACACUAUUAAAUGCUGAUUUACCUACAGUGCUAAGUGCUUUAAAUUCAUUAUGUUAUUUAAUCCUUACCACUGUACAGAGUGGUUUGAAGCUGAAGAAAUGAGUUUAAGUAGGCAAAGUAACUUAAGGACAUAAUUUCCCUCUCUCAUAGAGGAGGAAAUGAUGCUCAGAAAGGUUAAUAACCAGGCCAAGAUCCAAACCCAAGUCAUUCCAAGUCCAAGGUCGGUUCCUGUAACCACUUUCCCUGCUCAAGAAUUUCCAGUGGCUCCCAUUGCUCCCAGGAUAAUGACUUAAACCUGACUCCAAACCUGCUAUCCAAGUUGGAACACAGUUUGGUCCCAACUACAUUUGCAGCUUUGGUAUUGCAACCUCAGGUAUAGGCAUGUGAAUUUUUUGGUUGUACUUGUUUUGUGUGGAGGGGUGGAAAGAAACUCAGGCUGUCAGCUAGUCCACACUCCAUAGUCACUAGCUCUUUCCUGGACUUGGUUUCCUGAAAAAAUGAGAGACAAUUGAACUAGCUUAUAUUAAAGUUCUCUUCGAGCCUAACUCUCUGUGUUGUAGAAACUGCCCUCUUGUACUUUUGUGCUUCCUGCCUCUCCUAGAACUCCAGUGUCUGAGUAUCCUAUCAGGGCUCAUGCCCACUUCCGAGAAGGUGAGAGAAGAUGGGAGAUGCAGAGAUCAGUGCUUUGUGAACGUUCAUUUACCACUUUACCAGAACUAGCUUUAUGUUGUGGAAUGAAAUCUGAUUUUCUACAGUUCUAGGAAGAGAAGGAACAUUUUUUUCUGAUAUUUCUGAGGUUCUAUUCCCAGUGGUUUUUUUGAUACUAAACAUCAGAAUGUCAUUAGUUAGCACUGGGGUUGGGAACGGGGUACCCGGGGGAGGGUGCCUGAGAACCUCAGGUUUGCAUUGUUGCUUGCAAAUUAUUUUGCAUGCUUUGUGGUCAUCAGUGCAGCAGACCAUUUAAAGCAUGGUUUAACAAAGCCAGGUUCAGUCACAGUGGGCUGAUUACCUCUGCAGUUCCACUUCUGAUGCCAUGGCUUUGGGAAGGUUUGGGGGGAUGGGUUGUUUUUAAAUGUGUGAUUUACAUAUAUUUCCUUUUGUUUUGUAGAAUUUUUAUAGAAAUUGAUUUGAAACCUGAGAUGCUUUUAAAUAUAAAAGAGCAAAAGCCAUCCCAAGAACUCUGUAGUUCAAGAAGUUAACCAGUGGCAGAAUACGUUUGUUGCUGGAGUCUUCUAAAUUGCUAGAAGUCCAGAAUUCUAUCCCUUUGAAUUUUUUUAAACAUGGUUUCUUUUUCAGUUCCUGGUUCCCCCCUUAUUAUUGUUAUCUUGGCGCUAAUCUUUGUUUACCCAGGUUCUGACAUUUUUACCCCAGAAUUAAUUACUCCAGAUGGUCGACUCUACUGUGUUUUCCAAGCAAACAAAGUGGACAGGAAAUAUGAGUUUCCUGAGCAAACUGGCUUUCCGUUUUAUUAUGAGACUUUGCCUUUUAGAAGCUCUUUAUAAGAUGUUUAGCAUAUAUCUACUUUUCUUAUUUAUAACUGAUAAAGUAUUUUUUUAUUUAGGUCUAAUUAGGUUUUACCUUUUCCCAUUUAAAAUUUAGUCCUGAUAUUUGGCCUUUUGCUUCCCUGAGUCUCCUUUGUAGAAUCUAUUGUUCUGUUUAAUUUUAACUGCCACAUCCUUUCUAUGGACUAACUCCUUUCUCAGAAUAACUUCUCCACACCUGGUAUUUUGGCCUAGAAUUUCUUUUCACUUUUAGGCAUUUCCUUUGACAUUGCAGUGGGGAUGAUUAACAGAUGAGCUCUUGUGAGCCUUUCCUCUGGGUUUUGCACAGACAGGUCACUGCUAACAUCGGUUCAGUGACCAGAUGUUUGCUUCUCCCAUCCCGCAACUCCAUGUCAGCUCUGAGGGUGCUAUUCUAGGAGGGGUAUCACCUCUCUUUACAUCUUUCUCCUUUUACAUGGCAGGAAUCCUGAAAAAGGAUGCCUUAAAUGUAGGGACCACUAGGAUCUUUAACACAUAACUCAGAUCACCAAUAAUAACCCAACUGCCUUCUGGUCCUGAAAAACUACCUUUCUGCCUGAAAUGAUAGCCACCUGGAAGCUGCCACCCUUCUUCCUCUCCAGGUGCAAAUACUGUGUGUGUCAGGAAGAGAGCCUUCUUGAAAUCUGUCCUGUCUCUGCUUUCCUCCUCCAUCCCUCCUCUGAGACUCACCCACUUCUCUAGACUAUCACUUUCAUUCAUUCAUUCAACAUCUGUAAACACCAACUGUGUGCUGGGCAUAAUGCUGGUCUUUGGAAGUACCAUCAAAUAAAUAAUCAUGGUAGAGAGUGCUAAGUCCUGAAAUAGGGCAUAAAGCAAAGACUUCCUAAGUCUGCAAAGGAGUGCUCAGUGAGGGCUCCACACAACGGUAACCUAAGCUGAGUUUUGAAGGGUUGUUUGCAGUUCACUGGUGAACAUUCUCCAUUCUGCCUACCUUGUAUUAGAGGAAUUAUUUCAGGGGAAAUAAACUUGGCCAGAUCCUCAGUAGAAAAACCUGGCAGACACCACCUUAACCCAGUGAUCAAAUUAACAUCCCAAGUAUUCAUACAACUACUGGUGCCUCCUGAUAUCACGCACUGAGAAGAGCACAACAUUUCUGUAAUAUUUCUACCAAAAAUGCAUUACCUGAAUCUAAUGAAGAAACAAGAGACAAACCAGAUUAAAAAGCAUCCUACAAAAUAACUGGCCUGUACUCUUCAAAAAGGACAACGUUAAAAAAGACAAAGAUGGAGGAACAGUUCCAGUUAGAAUAGGCUAAAGAGACGCGGCAACUGAACGCAAUGCAUGAUCCAGGGUUUUCCUUUGUUACAGUGGACAUCACUGGGACACCUGGUGAAAUCUGAACAUUGUCUGAAGAUUAUAGUAUUGUAUCAGUGUUAAUGUCCUGAGCUUGAGAAUUGUACUAUGGUUAUAUAAGAGAAUGUCCUUGUUUUUAGGAAAUGCACAUUGAAUUUGGGGGUGAUGGGACAUGAUGUCUGUAACUUAUUGUCAAAUGGUAGAGAAAAAAAUGUAUGUGUGAGAAAGAGGGAAGGAGAAAGAGAUAUAAAGCAAAUGUAAUGGCAACAUUCUGGGAAAUGUGGGUGAUGAGUAUAAAGGAAUUCUUUGUACUGUUUCUGCAACUUUACUAUAAGUCUGAAAUUAUUUCCAAAAAAAAAGAAUUGGCAGGAUCCCACCAAAGAAAAAAGAAAGGUUUGUGACUAGUUCCUUAAGCCCUGGGACCUGUGACCGUGGGAAUACAGGGCAGUAAUUUGCCUUUUGCUCUUGGGCCUGCAGAGGUAAGAUUACAUGCAGGCAAGAACCACUGUGUCUUCAAGUCCUCAUAUCCCCCAUGUUGCAGAUCCCCAAAAGUAACUGAAAGCCCAAGACCCUGUGCCAUUUCCCCCUCUGUACACAGAUAUAUUCCAGGGUUCAGUUGAAUACAGUGUCUGACAAAUCCCUGCUCAGCUAAACAGACAUGGAGCCAGAAGUCUCACAAAUAUCCUACUACCAGCUUCACCCCAAACAGUGGUUCCCCACUGAAAGCAAUUCUUCCUUCCCAUUAGUUGAAUUCUUCAGUGAAUUCUUAAUGUUUUAGAGCAGUUUUAGACUCACAGCGAAAUUGGGAUCAAAGUACAUAGAGUUCUCACAUGCCCUUCCUACACACACACCUUGUGGCCUCCCCCACCACUAACAUCUGGUACCAGUGCUGUGCAUUUGUUGCAAAAGAUGAACCGACAUGAACAAGUUAUCACCUAAAGUCUACAGUUUACAUUACAUUAGGGUUCCUUUUGGUCUUGUACAUUCUAUAGGUUUUAACAAAUGUAAAAUGAUAUGUGUCCACCAUUAUAGUAUCAUACAGAAUAGUUUCACUGCCCUAAAAAUCCCAUGUGCCACCUAUUUAUCCCUCCCUCCCUAUUCUUAAAUGCUUGGCAACCACUGGUUUUUUUACUCUCUCCAUAUUGCCUUUUCAAGAUCAUCAUAUGGUUGGAAUGAUACAGUACAUAGCCUUUUCAGGCUGCCUUCUCUCACCAGCAUGCAUUUACAUUUCCUCCAUGUCUUUUUGAGGCUUAAUAAACCGUGUCUGUUUAUUACUGAUUAAUAUUCUAUUGUAUGGUUAUGUCAGAGUUUAUCCAUUCAUCUAUUGAAGGAUAUUUAGGUUGCAGUUUUUGGCAAUUAUUAAUAAAGCUGCUUUAGUUAUGUA